AUGCGGAAAAAGUUUGAACGACGAAAGGUCGCACAACGAAAGGCCGAACGACGAAAGGUCGAACGACGAAAGGUCGAACGACGAAAGGUCGAACGACGAAAGGUCGAACGACGAAAGGUCGAACGACGAAAGGUCGAGCAACGAAAGGUCGAGCGACGAAAGCUCGAACAACGAAAGGCCGAAAGAUCAAAGUCGAACGACGAAUUGUCUAAUGACGAAAGAUCGAGCGACGGAAGGUCGAGUGACGAAAGUUUGAGCGACGAAAGGUCGAACAACGAAAGGCCGAAAGAUCAAAGGUCGAAGGAAGAAAGGUCGAACGAAGAAAGGUUGAACGAUGAAAGGUCGAACGAUGAAAAGUCGAGCGACGAAAGGUCGAGCGACGAAAAGUCGAGCGACGAAAAGUCGAGCGACGAAAAGUCGAGCGACGAAAAGUCGAGCGACGAAAAGUCGAGCGAUGAAAAGUCGAGCGACGAAAAGUCGAGCGACGAAAAGUCGAGCGACGAAAAGUCGAGCGACGAAAAGUCGAGCGACGAAAAGUCGAGCGACGAAAAGUCGAGCGACGAAAAGUCGAGCGACGAAAAGUCGAGCGACGAAAAGUCGAGCGACGAAAAGUCGAGCGACGAAAAGUCGAGCGACGAAAGGUCGAACAACGAAAGGUCGAACGACGAAAGGUCGAACAACGAAAGGUCUAUCGACGCCGAACGACGAAAGGUCGAACGAAGAAAGGUUGAACGACGAAAGGUCGAGCGACGAAAGGUUGAACGACGAAAGGUCGAACGACGAAAGGUUGAAGGACAAAAGGUCAAACUACGAAAGGUCAAACGACGAAAGGUCGAACGACGAAAGGCCAAACGACGAAAGGUCGAACAUCUAAAGGUCGAACGACAAAAGGUCGAACGACAAAAGGUCGAACGACAAAAGGUCGAACGACAAAAGGUCGAACGACAAAAGGUCGAACGACAAAAGGUCGAACGACAAAAGGUCGACUGA